ACCCAGGGCGGGGAGGGCGGGGCAGCCCGGUGCGCAGGCGCGGGCAUCCCACAACCGGAAGCAGCGCGGGGCCAGGCAUGGCGGCGGCGGCUGCGGCGGCCCAGGGUGUCUCCGCGACCCAAAGAGAGGAGCCGGUUCGAGACGAUGCCGCCGUGGAGACAGCUGAGGAGGCAAAGGAGCCGGCUGAGGCUGACAUCACUGAGCUCUGCCGGGACAUGUUCUCCAAGAUGGCAACUUACCUGACUGGGGAACUGACGGCCACCAGCGAAGACUAUAAGCUCCUGGAAAAUAUGAAUAAACUAACCAGCCUGAAGUAUCUUGAAAUGAAAGAUAUUGCUAUAAACAUUAGUAGAAACUUAAAGGACUUAAACCAGAAAUAUGCUGGACUGCAGCCUUAUCUGGAUCAGAUCAAUGUAAUUGAAGAGCAAGUAGCAGCUCUUGAGCAGGCAGCCUACAAGUUGGAUGCAUAUUCAAAAAAACUGGAAGCCAAGUACAAGAAGCUGGAGAAGCGAUGAAAAACUUAUUCCUGUGGAACAAAGUCUUUUUUAACAUGGAAGAACGUUUUAUAAGACCUGAAUCCUGAGGCUGAUGAAUUGUCAGAACUCCUCAAGAGGAAACUAUGCUGGUCGUCCCAGAAACGUCCCAACAUUGGAGUGAACUGGAGGACUGUGGCUACCCCUGAACUUCUUUUGAGGCAGUAUCCCUCAGAAACUCACACUUAAAACUCCUUACCUUUUACUUGAAUGUUUCAUCAUCCACUCAGGACAGAGUCUCUCAGAGUUCAGGAUAAACCUGGGCUUGCCAGUAGAAUCAAAUGAGAGGACCCAUUUUCUCUCAUAGUGGUUGAGUACUACAUUAUUUUCUUAAUGGCUGGUUUUUUUGAGUUUCUGUGUCAACAGUGUUUUUUUCUAUUAAUGAUGCUGAUGUAUUGCUAAUAUCCUAAAUUAAAAAAGGAAAACAAACUUGUUCUUUACAGAUUA